AACACACAAUCCAGAGACGCCAGGAAGUGUGAAAAGCAUCCGCAAACAGGACAUGGUGAACGAACUGAAGGAAUGGAGCUCCACAACAGACAAUGAGAACCAGGUGGUCUUAUUAAGCAUUGCGUUGGAGGAAGCAGAAUGCCGUCCAGUCGAUAGAACUUUCUUUACAGGGAUGAGAGUAUCCUUUUUUGAGCUCUGGUCAGUGGCUUACGACGGUUCACAGGACAACAUAAUAAAGCUGCAAAGGUUACUUAACACCAUGGGUAUCAACGAUGUGAACCCUACCGAAUAUGGGAUUUAUAAAGGCCUUUGUGAAUGGAGGAACAAGGAACAUGACGACCAGAUGAACCUUCUGAGAGAUGAAUUAUGCGCAGCCAAUUUGACAGACGUAUGGGAGCACAUUUAUGGCCUUCGCGAGAAGAGGGAUGCCAAUGUGCCUGAUGACACACUGAGUCACAUCCUGUGGCAUAUUCAAAAUCCCAGGAAGGUAGAAGACCUCCUUAGCGAAUUGAUUCCUGGCCGAAAGAAUCAUGCCGCAAACAAGACACUGCAAUUCAGUCAAGUAGUGACCAAAGAAUCAAUCAGAGAAGCAACACAGGUACUGAGGAAAUGGAGCGCUGUUCCUGAUCAUCUCAAGAAGCCUAUAUCUACACAGGAAGUGGAGGCGUGUGUCCAUAGUCUGACUGGUAGACAUUGCAGACGAUUGGCAAAGGCUGCAGGAGUCUCCGAUGAUCAGAAGAUUUCCGCAACCAUAAAUGAAAACACGGAAUCGUUGUUUGACACCCAGUCAAUGAUUCGUGACUGGAUCGAUCGCCAACAAUGCAGCCACUAUGACAAGAGAUGUAGACUCACUCAAGCAGUUAUCGAGAUUGGUCGUCAUGAUUUGAUUAAUUGUUUUGGAGUAAACGACCAUAACCGUUCAAUCGGAAAAGACCCUGGAGGAUUACACCCUUAUCCCCAUCAGUUCAGUCAUGAGAGUGCCUACAUUGAUGACAUAAGAGAAAUUGUGUCAUUCCUUCCGAAAGAGAGAAGGGCAUAUUUCUGCAAACCAAUGCUGAUCUCCUUAAACGUAGACGGAAAAGACGAAAAACAUCUUGAACCACAAGAUUGGGAAAACAUGAUCUCGGCAACAAACACUUCAUACGAGCCACUGGAAAAGCUUGCUACACGCUUCCAACUAACCUUAACAAAGGCUAAUUGUCGCGGGUUUGAGGUAACGGAUGAAGAUUUGGAAAUAGCAGCCGAAUUCAUCAAUGCAGCAAACACGAAAUUGCAGCCAAGUCACCAUCAACAUGCAACACGGAUUGAAGCAAACACCGAUAAAGCGUACAGCGGAACUCCUCACAAAACAUCUACCGGAAGUGGAAACGACAAUGGGGAUAAGAAGGCAAGCCAAAAGCUCGAAGCUCCCGAGGAUAAACAAGUUACCACAGUGGAUGGGACUUGUCAUGCCGACAGUAAUGAACAUUCCAGUAAAACAGAUGUUGAAGGCAAUAACACGCAUCUUGCUGCAUCAAAUGAAGUAUCACAUCCGAAAAAAGCAUCAGGUAAAUUUUGA